CGCUCAUCGUCGUCAAGUCGUGCGCGUGCCGGUUGCGCGCGCGCGAUUAUUCCAACUGGUGACAACACCGGCGCAAAGACGUCGCCUCCUCGUGCUGCCGCGAUGGCCGACGAGUUCGUCUCCUCGCGAGGGAGACCUGGGACGCGAAGACGCGGAGCGCAACGCGACGGUCGCGGCCCUGCCGCCCCCUUCCUGGAGGUGGUCGAGCAGCCCGAGGCGCGGGGCAUGAGGUUCCGCUACCCGUCCGAGGGCACGUGCGCGGGCUCCCUGCUCGGUGCCAGCUCUACGGACCGCGACAAAACCUACCCCAGCGUGCGGCUGGUGAACUUGACGGGCAAGGCCGAGGUGCAAGUGUGCCUGGUGAUGCGCGACGCUCCCCACCGGCCACACCCCUACAGCCUGGUGGGCCGCGAUUGCGAAGAUGGCAUCUUCAAGCAGAUCGUGGUCCAGGGCCGCACGAUCGUGCAGCUUAUCAACGUUGGGAUUCAAUGCGUGAAGAAGGCGAUGGUGCAGCGCUCGGCUGAAGAUAAGAUCAGAAAAAUUAACCCCUUCAAAGUGUCGGAUCGGGUGGUGCUGCGUCCCGAGGAGAUGGACCUCACGGCCGUGAGGCUCUGCUUCCAGGCAAAGCUGCUGCCCAGCAACCAGAUUCUGCCCCCGGUCCUCUCCGAGAUCAUCUUCGACAAGAAGGCGACGUGCGCGUCUCAACUGAAGAUCACGCGCAUGAACAAAACUUACGGCAGCGUGCACGGAGGAGACGAGGUGAUGCUGUUCUGCGAGAAGGUUCAGAAAGAUGACAUCCGGGUGAUCUUCUCGCUGGCCGGCUGGCAGGCCGAGGGCAUCUUCUCGACGGGCGACGUCCACAAGCAGGUGGCCAUCGUCUUCAAGACGCCAGCCUUCCACGACCAGGGCAUCUGCGCCCCCGUCAAGGUCUCCAUCUACCUCUGGCGCCCCUCGGAUCAGCAGCAGAGCAACCCGCACAGCUUCCUGUACAAGCCCGAGCUGGACGAUGCGUUUGGAGUUGAGCGCAAACGAAAACAGACGCCUUACCAGCUGCAAGAGUUUGUGAACUCCGGAUCGAUGCACGCAGGUGCAUCGGGGCCCCCCGCCCCGACGGCCCCCAUCGCCGCUCCCACGAAGCCCUCCACGCCCGCAACGCGCUACUCCAAGCGACUCAGUUCCUCCCGAGGCCUGAAUCCGCGCAGAGCCGGCGGCAUCACCGCCACCUCCCCGGCCACCCCGAGCCCCCCCAUCUCAACCCCGAGCCCCCCGGAUCUGUUCAUCGGCCCGGGCUGCACAGUGACGUCCACCAACACCAUCCUCAACGUCACCAUGUCCCAGGGCCGCAUUCUGCAGGUGGCCCCGCCACCGGAGGCCCCCUUCACGGACGACCAGGUGGCGCAGAUCGACGAGAUCUUCGCCCAGAACACGGGCCCCGUGAGCGCCGUGCUGGCGGGCGACCUCGCCACCUUGCGGCUCACGCUCGACCCGGCUCCCGCCGGCGUGGCCAUGCCGGUGCCGUCCGCGGAGGUGGCGGUGGAGGAGGAGGCCGCUCGCGCCGCGAUGGACCUCGCGCUGCUCGAGGACGUUCUGCCGCUCGAGGCGGACGACGACCACAUGGCUGAACAUGUCCUCAGGGAGCUGCAGGAGGGCCGUCUGCACAUUAACUACAACGACCUGAUGAACAUCGACGAGAACGUGCCGGAGCAGUUUGUUGCUUAAGUAGUCGGGUUGCCGCCUGUCCCGGCUUUUCCCCCCAGGAUCGUUCUCUCGCCGUCCCCUGGGAGCUGGGUCAGACUUCCCGGGAAUUGGCACGGCCCCGUGUUUGUCAGUUGCGUAAUAAUAUCAAUAAUGAUGAUGAGGACGAUGACGCACCACGCAAGGGGGGCAUGAGUCUGGCGGCCAAGGGGAAGCGAAGAGCUCAGAAGAGGCGGUGGACACUGCUGGGCCAGGUCACGGAGGUCGCCGUUCGUGUCACUCGCUGUGCACCAGCUGCGGGAUACCUGGCGCAGGGAGAGGGAGCGUUGAAGAGGUGUGGCCGUGCCUCCACGAUGACUUCGGCCACGAUGGCGUCUCCAUCUACGCGGCGCCGUGAGAUAUUCUUCUGCCCGUGAUUCGUCUUCCCUCCCGCCCUCCCCUGACGAGUUUUGUACCCAAGAGGUGGCGACCCCCCCCCGUCCACCCAGGUGACGAUGGCAGUCGAGCAUGCGGGUUGCUGGAGGACCCCAUCUUUGCUCUCGACUACGGAGCUGCGCCUCCUCGUUCUCUCCUCCGGUGAACCCUCGCAAGCUUCACCGCGAUGGGUUUUCUAGUGCGAGAAGCGGACAAUCAUUCGAGUGCGGCAGAACCCUCCUGAGAAUGCGGCCUUGAGACUCGGUGACGCUCUGGCGACAUUAUUUUACUGUUUUUUUUUAUCAUUCAAUGUAUGUAAAAACUUCGGGGCAAGUAAGGGGAUCGGGCUCUGAAAGAUGACGGUUCAAGGAUAUUUGCCAAGUUACAUAAAAUGUUAACCGUGUAAAUACUUUAAUCGUAGCUACGCUGUCGCAUUCGCUUGUAGACGUACAACAAUCCUCGCUCAACGCGAUUCAAUUAUUUGUUCUGAUGAGGCUGGUUGGGGCCGGGGAGCGAUUAGAUUCCAUAAUCGAUUAUUUACUGUCUUGUAGUUAACAUUGCAGCUCCAUUAUCGCAUUGUGAUGAUGGCAGCAGCAGCAGCAGCAGCGAUGUUGUGGUUUAGGAGCUCGAUGCCAAAGUCGAGGUCUUUCUGCUGCUGGCCAUGACGAGAUCAGAGAGAGAGAGAGACUUCGUGUGGUGUCGUUUCAAUGUAUCUCCUCCUAAAUCAGUUGAAGGAGCGCGCACCACUGUGGGUUUACUGCACGGUCCAUAGCGUCGGUGGCAUGGCCACAAUCGCUCGACUGCAUCUUUAAUUUUGCAUUCACGGAGGAGAUGUGCGCAUCGGCCUGCUGGUGAUGUUCUGACGCGGAUGAUGAUUCCACCACCGGCGUCUUCUUCUUAAAGGAGAAGGACUGUGGAAUCUAGGAGGUUGUGAUGUUUAGGUCUCGAAUGAGGAGGUGUUUGUUGUGGCCGUCCAGGGUUGUUCCUCUCGACUACCAUUCCAGCUCUCGUCCGUCCGGCUCCCUGGAGACGCACUCGGCCUCUCUGCCUGCGUGCUGUGACAUCGCGCCGUGGACAUACCCGUACAUUUCAAACAAACACACAGUCACGUGCAGAAACAGAAUGCGGCCUCUGCGCAUUGCGCAAAAGCCAUCGACAGUUCCUCAAGAACUACAGCGUCGUCCUCUUGUGUCUAACUUAGGAUGUGGUCAAAUUAAAUUUGAGUCACUGUGGCCGACUGCUCGGCAACAAAGAGAGAGGGAACUGUGGAACGGAAAUGCUAAAUAAGUCGUUGUAUGCUGCACGUGCCUGAUGAUUGCUAAACUCGUCCCCGUGUGACGUAGAGAGCACCGAUUCGAAUUAAGAGAGACUGAUACCUUGUGUGCGUGUGUUGUGGGAGCGGUGGCACAGUGGUUGGCGCACUGCACUACUGACCCCGUGUCCUGCGUUCGGUGUAAUCACCAUGGUUGGGGAGCCACAGGCGGCCGGGCGCGGUGCUGGCCACACCACCACCAGCUUGUGCAGUGCCGGCCUUGUUAGGUGCUCGCUAACAGCACUUGCCCCCACAGUCUGUUACAAUUCCAUUGGGGUGACCUUUGCCUUUUAGCUUGUCGCGCGUGAAGCAGCGAGCGCCCGAUUGGAUUUCAAUCAUCAGGCGCGUGCCGCGUGUGACGACCUCGGCUGUGCUGCACGUUUCGUACGGAUUGGCACAAGAUUGGUGAACCCGGAGUGUCUGACACGCCGUGGUGCGGGCUGGUGAGCUAUGGAAGUUGGGAAACCCUCGCUAUUGGGCAGGAGGAGAAGUGGGGGGGGCUGUAGAGGAGGGGCAGCUCCCCGCUUCAGGUCGUCUCUGUCCACGCUGUCUAUAAGCUGAUUCAUUGUUGUGCCUACGAGGUAGACUCGCUUCAUGUUUAAGUUAUUCGGCUAGCAUCGCUUCGCAGAUGUCUGCAGGCCUCAUUCACUAUUUAAUACGCGCGUACGUGGUGAUGUAUGUACAGUAUGUCUGUUGAAAUUAUUUCGCACCGUGAAAAGUAGGAGGUGCGAAAAGAUACACUAACGCAAAAAAACAACAUAUCCACCCCUCUGCGUCAAAGAGCCAAUAGUUAAUCUCGUCUAGCUUUGACUGUUCUGGGUGGCGUUAUCAUCAGCAACAUCUGGCCUGUGAAACACUCCACGCUUGCUGUCAGCUAAUGAUGUUAUUGGAAGGCGUUACUCCGGUUUACCUAAACGGAGACCUCUCUCCCUGUUCAACUCAAAACUGUCACACUUGUAUUCAAACUCUACGUCGUGAUACGCCAUUGCAUUGUCUUCGACAGUCGCGGAAUUUACCCAGCAACGUUUGUCCGGAAGGGUCGAGAACGGGCUGGCUUAUCCUGACCCUGGCCUCAAGGUCAAUGAAACUUCACCAGAUACAAAUGAGCUGCUGCUAAUGCUGCUGAUGAUGAUGCUUCGUUGCCAGUGGUACAAAAACACAUGUCAAAAACACUGAACACAUUAUUAAACACAGAUAAUAUACGA